AUGUCUUUCACUUCCAUUAAAGGAUUGCUCUCCAACUACUCGCCAGUCACGGAGUCGCCGGACAUGGAAAAGGAAUAUCGUUACCCACUUCGAAAUGGGUCCGAAGAUCUGGAAUCUGCCAGCGGGAGUGAAGCAAUCAAGCCAGCUCGAAGGGAAGGCACAGAGAAGAAAGAGUCUAAAAUCAUUGAUGGGCGGACAGUUUCGGAUGCCAUUAUCGGUCUAUCAGAUGGCUUAACGGUUCCUUUUGCUCUCACUGCGGGAUUGUCCGCUCUCGGAGAUACGAAAGUGGUUGUCUUCGGCGGUCUGGCAGAGCUCAUUGCUGGAGCUAUCUCUAUGGGACUGGGCGGAUAUUUAGGCGCAAAGAGUGAGGAGGAAUCCUACAGAGCUACCCUCAAAGAGACUCGAAACCAAGUGGUCGCGGACCCAUCCGCUACAACAGAGACCAUCUCCGAAAUCUUUGCACCCUACGACCUCCCAUCUGAACUCGUCUCACAACUCACCGAUCACCUGUCUGCCUCUCCCAUGCUCCCUUCAUUUCUCAUGAACUUCCACCACACGCUUCCUGAACCAUCCGGCUCCCGUGCGCUCAUCUGCGCUUUGACCAUCGCGUUAGGCUACUUCAUUGGGGGGUUCGUGCCGUUGCUUCCUUACUUCUUCGUCGGGCCGCACGACGCAUUCAUCGCGUUGCGCUGGUCCAUCGCCACUAUGGCUAUAGCACUGUUUCUCUUCGGGUACGGCAAGACAUGCUUCGUGAGCGGUUGGAAGGGCAGACAGAAUAUCCGACGAGGGUUCAUUGGCGGCAUGCAAAUGGUCCUUGUGGGGGGUGUCGCAGCCGGGUCAGCAAUGGGACUAGUCAAGGGGUUCCAAUUGCUCGCUUCCUCCGGCGAGGGUCAUGGCGAGCCAUGA